AGCGAGUACAAUGCAAGCCUUAAAAUAUUUGCACCGGCUGUCGCGGCUGCCGCUUGAGCAGCUUUUCAUUAAAUAAUGCAGCGUUCGCGGGCGAGCAGCACAAGCAGCGGCCGUGCGCCGCACCAGCAACCGCCCAGCCAGCCGCUGGAGGCGCCCAAGAUAAUCAUAAUCCAUCCGGGCUCGCAGCAUUUGCGCAUUGGCCGUGCCGCCGACCUCAAUCCGUUGACCAUGCUGCACGCGGUCGCCUACAGGCGCUCCGCCCAGCUGAGCGACAAUGCACCGCAUCACGAUCCGCUGCUGCCGCCGCUGGAGAGCGUGCACGCCGGGCGCCUACAGUCGGAGUUCGAGGAGCAGCGUCUGGCCGUGUCGCGGCUGCUGCAGCAUUGUGUGGUCGAUGAACAGAAUCGUUUGCGUGUCGCCACGCCGCCGCAGCAGCUGGCGCACUUCAAUCGCAGCAGCGUGGCGGAGCAAGUGCCGCCACCCGUGCCCGCCGAGCAGCACAACAACUGGCACAGCGAGGCGCCAAUGCUGUACGACGAACAGAUAUUGCGCCUGAGCGCCCGGGAUGCACACAACUAUGACAUACACUUUCCGAUCAGGCGCGGCGAGCUGCAUGUGCAUGGCGAGCGCGGCGGUUCCUUGCAGGCGACGCUGUCACAUUUGGAGCGCAUCUGGUCGUAUGCCUUGGAACAGCGUCUGGGCAUAGCGCUGCGCGAUCUGGGCACCCACAGCGCCGUGCUGGUGGUCAACGAUGUUUAUGUGCGGCGACAUUUGCGCGAGGCCAUGACCCUGCUGCUGCAGCGGCUGGGCUUCCAGCGCUGCUUUCUGGUGCAGGACAGCGUGGCGGCCACCUAUGGCGCCGGCAUUGGGUACGGCUGUGUGGUCGAUAUUGGCGCCCAGAAGACCUCCAUUGCCUGCAUCGAGGAUGGCAUCUCGCAGCUGGAUGCCCGUGUACGGCUCAGCUACGGCGGCGGCGACAUCGAUCAGGUGCUGCUCAUGCUAUUGCGCAAAUGCGGCUUUCCGUAUCGCGAGUGCUGCGUCGAGCGCAGCUAUGUGGACGCCCAGCUGUUGGACGAGCUGAAGGAGCGCUUCUGCCAUCUGAACGCGAACGUGUGCGGCGCCCAGGAGAAGCACUUUACGCUGCGCCAGCCGCAUGGCCAAUGGGUGCGCUAUACGCUGCAGGUGGGCGACGAGGCCAUCAUGGCGCCGCUGGCGCUCUUUCACACCGAGCUGCUCAACAUAACGGGCAAAACACGAGCCGUGCACACACAGCAAUCGGCACAGGAGCAAUACGAUUGCGAGGAUUGCUUCGAUGCCGAGUAUCUGCGCGAGACGGGCCGGCGCAACGGCGUCCGGGCGGGCGAUCUGAGCAUGGUGGGCAACGCACCCACAGCAAAGCCGGCGGCACAGCUGCCCAUCACCGCCGACGACGAGGAGCUGAUUGUGGUCGAUCAGGACGAGACGACGCUCAGCAGCAACAGUAACUCCCAGCAGCAGCAGCAACAGCAGCAACAAAAACAGGAGCAGCCGCUGCCCAAGUCAAGCAAUUCGUGGUACUACAAUCCGGGCGGUCAGGUGGUCUCGCUCGACCAGGCCGUCAUCCGUGCAAUCGGGCGCUGCGGCAGCUAUGAGACGCGUCGCAAAAUGUUUGGCGCCAUUCUUCUCGUCGGCAGCAGCGCCAAGCUGCGCGGCUUGGCCGCCUGGCUGGAGCAGCGCAUCAGCCAGCAGGUGCCCGCCGGCCUCGAGGUGAACGUCUUUAGCAAGGGCAUGGAUGUGGGCAUGGUUGCCUGGAAGGGCGCCGCCAUCAUGUCGGUGCUGGAGUCCGCCCGGGAGCUCUGGAUCACGCAGCGCGAAUGGCAGCGCUACGGGCUGCGCAUCUUGCGCGAACGCUCGCCCUUUCUCUGGUAGCCAAUCCUCCAGAUCCCCUUAGCUAUUAAUUUAAUUAUUUUUUUGAUAACGCAUUUUUUGUGUAGCCAAUUCAAAUUGUGUAUUUAUGCAUUUAACCAAUUGUAGUAAGUUCUUUUUUUUUUUCUAAGCUAGCAGCGAAAUCAUGUCCUGAGCUAACGUGACCAGCUGUGUCUGGCUUGGUGACAUGCUCGAUGACAUGUCAGCUAUCACGUCUUGUACCAUAAUUCAAAUAUACGAAUCAACUACCAAAAUUAA